UCUCAGUGCAAGAGCUCAGAGCACAGUGAACGCUGAGUGAUCAGAGUGGACAGAGUGGGCAGUGUGGGCAGAGUGGACAGUGUGAGCAGUCAGUAUGCUGUUUUUGAAGUUUGUGUGUGCGGUGGUGACCCGUGCUCUGUUCCUGCUGCUCUCUCUGACUGCCGUGUGGAGGGUGACCUGGGUAAAGAAUGACUGGUGGUUCUGGCUGCUGACCAUCCUGUACGUCCCUCUGCUGCUGGAGACCAUCGUCACGCUGAAGAGGAGGAGAGGACACGAGUACAAAUGGUUCUCUCCAGCGAUCCUCUUUUUCCUGAUCAGCAUUAUUCCCUCCAUCUGGAUCCUGGAGCUCCAUCAUCAGGAGAACAAGUCCAGCAACCCUCAGUGUAAGAAGCUGGACUCGUGGAAGAAUGUCCGGAGCAUGGUGGAGUCCUUCAACAGCACAGUGGUGAACAGCACAGACACACUGAAGGCGAUAGAGCGCAGCCUGUCUUCCAUCUGUCCAAACGACUGGAUCCUCGCUCUUCAUCAGGCCCUGCUCAUCCUCCUCAUCUUGGGGAAGUGGCUCCUCCCCCUUGGAGGCGGGGUGACACGUGACGAGCUGUCGCAGCUGCUGCUGAUCUUCGUCGGCACGGCCGCAGACAUCCUGGAAUUCACCAGCGAGACGCUGUCUGAUGUGAAGGAUAGCAGUCCACAGCUGGUGUAUAUAAUCCUGGCGGUGUGGACGUGGAGCAUGCUGCAGUUUCCUCUGCACCUGGCAGUGGUGACCUCCAGGCCGGGUGAAUCACAUGAGGAGACGGUGGAGGAGCAGCAAGGUUGCUGUAGAAACAUCCUGCUGAAAAGACACAGCACGGACAUCUGGAACGUCGUGGAGAGCCUGUUCAUCCAGGAUGGACCGUUCCUCGUUGUCCGCCUGACCGUGAUGAUCUACUUUGAAGUUUUUCACCAGAUGCUGGUGUUCUUCGCCAUCAAGAACUUCCUGGUGGUCAUUCUGAACUUCUACAGACUGGUGGUCAUCUGCCUGGAGGUCAGACCGAAAUCACGGUCACCAACGCCUUGACGGAAGGAAACAUUUUAUGGGCUCAUUACUGGAAACAUUACUUCAGAAAUAGUGUAGUUGAUCAGCUAAGACAUGUUUGCUUUUGUAGUUUUAGUGCUGGAGCUACGAGGCUAUUGUAGCUAACAGGUAAUGGAAGCUUAUACACCAGUGCUACCUGCUUGUCUCAGACUUUUUGGGGUUGUUCAAUAUCUCUAAUAGUCUUGAUUAUGUGCUUUCUGACACUGUAUGACAUACUGUUAUCUAUAAACAGGUUAUACAACCUCAUCAGAGAGAUGCACACACAGCCAGUGGGCAGAAAGCAGCUCUGUUCACCACAUAAAGUCUGUUCACCACAAUUACACGUUGUUGUGCAGAGAAGAUGGUUGCAGAAUGUUUAGCUCUUAGUAAUUUUUCACCAUCACUGAGAAGUAGUUUAUUGAUGUAAUUGAUCGGCACGGUCUGAGCUGCCUAGGUUUCCAGUGUAAUCUGUGCCAGCCAUUUUCUCACUGACCCAAACCUAACAGACUUGUAAAUUUUGCUCUAACAGCCGACAAAGUCGUGUUUACAACAGGUAAACUAGGGAUUCUAGAUAAUACAGGAGUUUACGAGUGAAAAAUGCUCAACUUACUGUGACUGUGAAAAAAAUAUAACUGACCCCAGAAGAAAGAAAUACUCUAAAUGAAAUCAGAGUGAGACUGAAGCCAUUUUCUCCUGCUUCUGAAAGUUGGCUCCGGAGAAAUACAACUCAGAUUUUCUCACGUUGAUCAAAAUACUGUCACACGUGUGGUUAACUUUUUAAUGUCUGACUCAGUCUGAGCUGAAUAAUAAUCAGCAUUUUCUUAUUCAGCUCUGUUCUAGAUCACAGAACUCUCUCAGCAGCCUGUCAGUGCAGAAGGAGAACUCACGCUUUUCUCAUUCAUCACCAGAACUUCUCACAGUGAAACGCUGGUGUUCAUCUUCUGUUUUCUUCUGAGGAGGUUCAGGAGAGAGAACUCAGAAAUCAGUUUAUUUCUCUAAGAUUAUCUUUAGGCAUUUUUCCGUCUGGGACUAGCUUCUUGUAGAUCUAUGUGCUGUUUAGCAUCGCUAAAAAAGCAGUAUUAUGUUCUCCAGAUCUCCAUUCUGUUCUUCUCCAUGUUCUCUGUUCUUCUCAUAUUUACUGGUCAACCAUCUGGUAUAUACAACCAUCUAAUGAGUGCCUGAACGCAGCUUUAGCUUAGCAACACUAGCGGUACCGCCAUGCUCCUGAUAUUGUCAAAUAAGGAGGAUAGACAGACUCAACAAACAACUUAACCAGGUCAGCUAGGCAAUUUAUAGGAUGUGUCAGCAAGAUAUAAAGUUUUCUGUGAUUGGAGCUCCUAUUAGUUAAACAUUAAGCGAACAGCAAACUUAGCGGGGCGUUGGUCAUAGAGACCUGAUGACUAGCCAAUACUGAUAGCCAACUACUGUUAGCUAAUGUUUUAUAUAUUAUAGUUUUAUAUAUACAUCAAUAUGCAAAUGAAACACAAGCAAACAGAUCCAACUCUGAAAUGGCAUUUUAUUGUUGAGUCUACAGGAAUUUACAAACAAUGUGAAAUCUACGUUGAUCACAGCAGUCCACUAACAUUAGAAUCUUAUGACCGGCUAAGUUACAAAAGCGGUUUUGACCACUGACUGCACAUGCCCAGUACUGUCUGUAAACAGGAAACCUGUCUACAUACAUAGAUGAAAGAACAGCAAAGCCGAUAACAGUCUAUUGGUCCUGAUUGGUCAGUGUAAGCUUCCGUUACUUGGUAGCUACAUUAGCCUCAUAGCUCCAGCACUAAAACUAAUGAACUAAAGGAGGUAUUUUGCUUUUGUACCACUUGAAUGAAACUAAAUGUUGUGUUUGUUUGCUCUUUUUUAACUGGUUAUAUAUCUACAGUCCCUGGCCACUUUAUCAGAAACACCUCUCUUGCAGCUCCACCUUGCUGAUGUUCAGUUACAGGCUGUAGAUCAUCUGCUAAUGCACCGUUUGUGUUAGCCAUCCUCUAGAUCUUCAUUAAAGGUCAGUUCCUAGAAUUUAUAUCUGGUCAUCAGUAGUCAUGUGAUUAGAGUAGCAUGGAGCUACAUAGUGGAGGUAUAAGGCAGGUGGAGCUCAUACAGUGUAAGUCCAUGUAUGUUAAAGGGGUCUGAGUGUGCAUGGCUCAACUUUACACCAAAUAAGAAAAAUAUAAAUAUUACUUGUUCUGUAUAAAUUAGAGAAACAUCAGUGAUGUCAAACAAAAUGACUGCUCAGACUGAACAACUCUGCUCCUGCAGCUGUUUUCGUAAAAUGUUCAGAUGUUUCAGAUAUUUUGAUGUUUAUAUCUGUUUUCAUCACAGCAAUAUAAUGAUAAGAAUACACUGACUCAUUCUUAUCAAACUUGAAAGAUUGAAAGAUCCAUCCAUUUUUCAAAUUAUCUGCAUAAUUUAGUGGUUGAGAGUGGUUUGGUGUGAAAUGAUUCAGAUUUCUUUACAGUGGUGGUGAUAGGAACCAGGGGUCGCCAUGACUACAACACAGAUAUAGACAUUUUAUUUACUAUCCAAAACCACCAGUGAAG